AGCCCAAUAGCUCUGGGAACUACACUUCCCAAUUGUCCCCUCGCUGCCUAUGACGUUCUGUCACCGCGAGUACGAAGCAGGUCUCCCAACAACUGCACCCACUUUCUCUGAUCCUGUCCUGGACCCAGACCUCAAUUCCGAUUCGGCUUCACCAUGGAGGAGGCAGAUCGAAUCCUUAUCCAUUCCUUGCGCCAAGCUGGCACGGCAGUCCCUCCAGAUGUGCAGACCCUACGAGCCUUCACCACUGAGCUGGUUGUAGAGGCCGUGGUCCGCUGCCUGCGUGUGAUCAACCCUGCGGUGGGUUCUGGCCUUAGCCCUUUACUGCCCGUGGCUAUGUCUGCCCGGUUCCGCCUGGCCAUGAGCCUGGCUCAGGCCUGCAUGGACCUGGGCUACCCCUUGGAACUUGGCUAUCAGAACUUCCUCUACCCCAGUGAACCGGACCUCCGGGACCUGCUUCUCUUCCUGGCUGAGCGGCUGCCCACUGACACUUCUGAGGAUGCAGACCAGCCUGCAGGUGACUUGGCUAUUCUUUUCCGGGCCAUUGGGAGCCAAAUACGAGACCAGCUGACCCUGCCCUGGGUCCCACCUCUCCUUCGCACUCCCAAGUUACAGCACUUCCAGGGCUCGGCCUUCCAGCAUCCAUUCCAUGCCAGCAGUCUGGUCAUGCCUGAGUUGAGCUCUAGAGGAGAGCCUCGGGAGUUCCAGGCGAGUCCCCUGCUGCUGCCAGUCCCCAUGCAGGUGGCAGUGCCUGCUGGGAGAGUGGCCUCACUCCUUGAAAACCACGCUAUGCAGCUGAGCCAGCAUGUGGGCCGGGACCGUCCAGGGGAUGACGACUGGCUCCGAAGGGCGCCCCGCCUUCCCACCCAGGAGGAUCCCCGAGCUCCACGGCAGCGGCUGCAGAAGCAGCUGGCUGAAUACUUGCGCCAGAGCUGGGGUCCAGCGGGGACUUCCACACAAGCCCGAGACCUGGGAGAGCUGCUACAGGCCUGGGGUGCUGGGGCCAGGACCAGUGCCCCCAAGGGCUCCCGCUUCACACAUUCAGAGAAGUUUACCUUCCAUCUGGAGCCCCAAGCCCAGACAGCUCAGGUGACAGAUAUGCCAGCCACUUCUCGGCACCCUGAACAGGACAUGCGUGCAGCUCAGGAACAGGAGCUUGAGUCCCUUCGGGAGCAACUGGAGGGUGUGAACCGCAGCAUGGAAGAGGUUGAAGCUGACAUGAAGACGCUGGGAAUCAGCCUUAUGCAGGUGGAGAAUGAGUGUCGGCAGAGUGAGCUGAGCACUGCAGAGCGGGAGCAGGCCCUGCGUCUGAAGAGCCGCGCGGUGGAGCUGUUGCCUGAUGGGGCUGCCAACCUUGCCAAGCUGCAGCUUGUGGUGGAGAGCAGUGCCCAGCGGGUCAUUCACCUGGCAGGUCAGUGGGAAAAGCACCGGGUCCCACUUCUUGCUGAAUACCGCCAUCUCCGGAAGCUUCAGGACUGUAGGGAGCUGGAAUCUUCCCGACGGCUGGCAGAAAUUCAGGAGCUCCACCAGAGUGUUCGGGCAGCUGCUGAAGAGGCCCGCAGGAAGGAAGAGGUGUACAAGCAGUUGGUGUCAGAGCUGGAGACUCUGCCAAGGGACGUAUCCCGACUAGCUUACACCCAGCGCAUCUUGGAGAUUGUGGGCAACAUCCGGAAACAGAAGGAAGAGAUCACUAAGAUCUUGUCUGACACAAAGGAGCUUCAGAAGGAGAUCAACUCCCUUUCUGGGAAGCUGGACCGGACGUUUGCAGUGACUGAUGAGCUUGUGUUCAAGGAUGCCAAGAAGGAUGAUGCUGUUCGGAAGGCUUACAAGUAUCUAGCUGCCCUGCAUGAGAACUGCAGCCAGCUCAUCCAGACCAUUGAGGACACAGGCACUAUAAUGAGGGAGGUUCGAGACCUUGAGGAGCAGAUCGAGACGGAGAUGAGCAAGAAGACCCUCAGCAACCUGGAGAAGAUCUGUGAGGACUACAGAGCCCUCCGCCAAGAGAAUGCUGGCCUCUUGGGCCGUGUUCGGGAGGCCUGAGGAUUCCCCGGUGGAGAUCCUUCCAGCCAUCAGCAGGGAUUUGGAGUAAUGGAGACAGUGCUUGUGCUAGCUGUUCUGUUUGCCAUCCAGUUUCUCCCAUUGAGGCCUUACACCCAGAUGCCUCCCCAUCUGACCUCAAUCCCAAUCUGGGGUGAUAGCCCAGAGUGUAGAAUUGGCUACAGUUUAUUGGAGAGGGCACCGGGGGCUGGGGCCUUGGAUCCCAAAUAAAGGAGGGGCUCUUCUGCA